AUGCUCCCUGGAGGAGGAGGAGCCGAGGCCCAGGACUGGCAUUUGGACAUGCAGCUGACCGGCAAGGUGGUGCUGUCCGCCGCCGCUCUGCUCCUGGUGACCGCAGCCUACAGGCUGUACAAGUCGAGGCCCGCCCGAGCCCCACUGUGGGACAGGAACACCACGGCUGAGGCUGACGAGGCGGCGGGAGGCUCCAGACAGCCUGAAGUUCAGGCGGCUGCACCUGGGGCACCCCAUCGCGGGCUGAGACGCCGGCGGGGGAGCACGGGGCCUGGGGCACGACUGGGCUGCAGCGGGGACAAUCCGGGGGGCCCCCAAGUCCUGGCAACAGGAGCCUCUUCCAGUGACUUGGGAGCCAAAGAGGCUUGGAAGCCGGAGAGGAAAGGCGCUGGUGAGGAUCUGGGUGGGCGGUGCCUGGAGCCUAGCGUGGCACCUCCUCGCUGCAGUGGCCAGGAAGCCGGAACAGCUGCUGGCAGUAAGUCCGAGCUGCCCCGCCACCCCCACUUGGGCAGUGAACCCAAACGCUCCCCACCUGGCCUUGCUGCAGUGGACAGUAGUGGUGCGGAGGGUGAGCCUGCUCCAUGGCGGGAUGGGGGACUCCCCGAGCAGCCAGGGACUGGAGUGCAGGCACCCCACCGUCCACCCUUGACGGCCCACUCAGAAGACAACAGUGACAUGAACAAGAGCCGGGUCCUCACUCACAUGACAGGGGUCUGUGGGGAAGAGGCUGGGGCCCUCCGGGCUGCCUCAGACAUGGGCCUGGCCCUGCAGCAGCAGCAGGGGGCCACCAACACCUCCUACACCUUCUCAUCGGUGGCCCGGGUUCGGGUAGAGGAGAACUUCAUGAGGGAGAAGAUGGCGGGGAUCAGGCCCAGGCUGCAGGGCAAGGUAUAUGAGUACUACGUCGAAUCUACCUCUCAGUCCACCUCUAGAGGCAGGCCGACUCCUCGGACAGCAGCGCUGGCUGAGGCUCCACCUCCUGUGCCAGGCCCCCUGGGAACAGGGCCAGUCCCCCAAGGCCACAACGAGGACAGAGAAGGUGGAGCCCAUCCCGCCGCCUCCUCCCAGCCUGUGCUCUCGCCCCCCACGCAAGGCUUCAGCAGGAAGGAAAGCCUCCUUCAGAUCGUGGAGAACCCAGAGCUUCAGCUGCAGCUGCACGACUUCGGGAGCCCUGCUCCAUCCCGCCUGGACCAGAGUGCCCCACCCAGCUGCCCCACCUCAGGGGAGCCUCCAGAGUCCAGCUCAGAGGGAAGCAGCGGGGAGCCCAACCUGCAGCUCGUGGCAGGGACCAACUUCUUCCACUUCCCUCUCACCCCAGGUUCAGCCCCAGAUGUCCACCUGGAUCUGGGGAAUUGCUACGAGGUGUUGACCUUGGCCAAGAGACAGAACCUGGAGGCCUUGAAGGAGGCUGCCUACAAAGUGAUGAGUGACAACUACCUCCAGGUCCUACGCAGCCCAGAUAUCUACGGCCGCCUGAGCGGGGCAGAGAGGGAGCUGAUCCUUCAGCGGCGGAUGCGGCGGGGCCGCAAGUGCCUGGUGGUGGCCGACAUGUGCCCCCAGGAAGAUGCUGGCCGCCUCUGUUGCUAUGAUGAUGAGCAGGAUGUCUGGCACCUGCUCACCCACCUGCCCCCUGAGGCUGUGUCCCGGGGCUGUGCCAUCUGCAGUCUCUUCAACUAUGUCUUUGUGGUGUCUGGCUGCCAGGGGGCCGGGGGCCGGCCCUCCAACCGAGUCUUCUGCUACAACCCUCUGACCGAGAUCUGGAGCGAGGUGUGCCCACUGAACCAAGCCCGGCCACACUGCCAGCUGGUGGCCCUGGAUGGGCACCUGUACGCCAUUGGGGGCGAGUGUCUGAACACAGUCGAGCGCUAUGACCCUCGCCAGGACCGCUGGACCUUUGCCCCGCCACUCCCCAACGACACCUUCGCCCUGGCGCACACAGCCACGGCGUGUGCCGGGGACAUCUUCGUCACGGGCGGCACGCUGCGCUACCUGCUGCUCCGCUUCUCAACCCAGGAGCAGCGCUGGCAGGUCGGCCCCACGGCGGGAGGCAAGGAUCGCACGGCUGAGAUGGUGGCAGUCAAUGGCUUUCUCUACCGCUUUGACCUCAACCGUAGCCUGGGCAUUGGUGUGUACCGCUGCAGUGCCAGCACCCGGCUCUGGUACGAGUGCGCCACGUACCGGACUCCCUACCCGGACGCCUUCCAGUGCGCCGUGGUGGACAACCUCAUCUACUGUGUGGGGCGCCGGUGCACGCUCCUCUUCCUGGCUGACUACAUCUCACCCAGGUUUGUGCCCAAGGAGCUGCGGAGCUUCCCCUCCCCCCAGGGCACCCUCCUGCCCACUGUCCUCACCUUGCCCGGCCCCCACAUGCCACAGACCAGAGUCUAG